AUGCAAGGAGUUGAGCCAAGGGAUAGACUGUACCAUCAGCCAAAUACUCAAACAUCAUACAAAAAUAUGGAAGAGUGUCCCAUUUGUUUGGGGGACGAUCAAGAGUGUGAACAGUUUGGACGUUUAGAGGUUUGCAGGCAUAAGUUUCACCUAAAUUGUAUAAGAGAAUGGCACAAGUACAGCAUCGACUUGAAGUGUCCCAUCUGCAGGAUUGAAUCCAACCACUUAGAAGUCGGCGAGGGGCAACAUGCAGUUUCUAUAAAUUUGAAGAUGGGGUUUAUGAUUAAGAAUGCUAUUGAAUAUGUGGAUGCCGAAGCCACUAACGAAAGAAAUGAGGACGACGCAGGGGAGCAAGACCAAGAAAUGGAAAUUCUCAGCGAAAGAUUCCAAGAUAGGCUGGUAAUGAAUACCAUUAAGAUAAUCCAGUGCAGCAUAUGCGGAGACACAGAUGUCUCUCGACUGAACCUGUAUUGCCAAGACUGCGAAGCAAUAUAUCACGAAACAUGUCUACGUGGGCUAGCCUAUGAGGUGGGUGAUCGCAAUACGUGGCAAGAGUGCACAGAUUGUCGAUCAAAUGAUUUGCUCCAGCUGCGCAUGGGUGCUAACAGGAGUCAACUUGCUAGCUACGACUCUAGAAAUUGCAUGAUUUUUGCUGGUGUGGUACGGGACAAGCACAGUGUCAAAACACAGCAGAUGUAUGACCGGAUACGGAAUGCCAAGCAUAAAAUCCAGAUACAUGUGCGACGAGCACUGGACCGGUACCCACUGCCACUACUGCAGUUUAGGGAUGCCUACAAGCACCUCAACAAGCAAGUAUCCCGCAAGUUGUACCGCCUUUCUGAUAACAAGUACCUACCUGCCCACUACGAUUACGACUCUUUAGCUCGCACCGGAGUGCACACAGAGCUCCUACUCUACUGCCACGUUGAGGAGUAG